CUCAUGACAGGCUGCUGCAGGCUUCCGACAACAAACAUCACAUCGUUGUUUUAAACCCAGGCCUUUUUGACAUUAUAAAUGAAACCUAACAGCGAUAUUGUGCGUUUUUAAAUAUGCAGUAAAAUAUUUAGACGCUUAUUUUUUUGGAUAUAUUUAUUAACAAUGGCGGAAGUGGAGGAGCAGGCCAGAAAUCCUAGUGAGGAAUUCACUGAUGAAUCAGAGGAGGAGGACAGCGAGGAGGAGCCCAAGCUGAAAUACGAGCGUCUGUCCAACGGUGUGACAGAGAUCCUGCAGAAGGACGCGGCCAGCUGCAUGACCGUCCAUGACAAGUUUCUUGCAUUAGGUACCCAUUUUGGAAAGGUGUACCUGCUGGACAUCCAAGGGAAUGUAACUCAGAAGUUUGAAAUUAGUUCAGUGAAGAUCAACCAGAUCAGUCUGGAUGAAAGUGGAGAGCAUGUGGGCAUCUGCUCCGAGGACGGCAAGGUUCAAGUGUUCGGUCUCUAUACGAGGGAGGGGUUCCAUGAGAACUUCGACUGUCCCGUCAAAGUGGUGGCACUACACCCUCAGUUCACCAAAUCUAACUACAAACAGUUUGUCACCGGGGGCAAUAAGCUUCUUCUGUAUGAAAGAAACUGGCUGAGUCGCUGGAAGACGUCUGUUCUACAUGAAGGCGAGGGAUCCAUCACUAAUAUCCAGUGGAGAACGAACCUCAUCGCCUGGGCCAACAAUGUGGGAGUUAAAAUCUACGACAUCAGCACUAAACAGCGGAUAACAAACGUGCUGCGAGAUAACGUCAGCCUGAGACCCGACAUGUAUCCCUGCAGCCUGUGCUGGAAAGACAACGCCACUCUCAUUGUCGGCUGGGGCACUUCCAUUAAGAUUUGUGUCGUGAAAGAGCGAAAUCCCACCGAAAUGAGAGAUCUGCCCAGCCGCUAUGUGGAAAUAGUGUCUGCGUUCGACACAGAGUUUUUCAUCAGUGGCCUGGCACCGCUGGCAGAUCAGCUGGUCACGCUGUACUUUGUGAAGGAGAACUCUGAUCACAUGGAUGAGGAGUUUCGUGCACGGCCUCGCCUCGACAUCAUCCAGCCUCUCCCUGAGAACUGUGAGGAGAUAUCUUCAGACGCGCUGACUGUGCGCAACUUCCAAGACAACGAGUGCAGAGAUUACCGCCUCGAGCAUUCUGAGGGAGAGUCGCUCUUCUACAUCAUCAGUCCCAAAGACAUCGUCGUGGCCAAAGAGCGAGACCAAGACGACCACAUCGAUUGGCUGCUGGAAAAAAAGAAAUAUGAGGAGGCGCUGAUGGCUGCAGAGAUCAGUUUUAAAAACAUUAAGAGGCACGAUGUUCAGAAAAUCGGGAUGGCUUACAUCAAUCACCUGGUGGAGAGAGGAGACUACGACACUGCUGCAAGGAAAUGCCAAAAAGUUCUUGGAAAAAAUAUGGAGCUGUGGGAAAAUGAAGUUUACAGAUUCAAGACCAUCGGACAGUUGAAGGCCAUCAGCCAGUAUUUGCCCCGCGGGGAUCUGCGUCUCAGACCGGCCAUCUACGAAAUGAUCUUGCAUGAAUUUCUCAAAACUGAUUAUGAGGGUUUCGCCACUCUGGUCCGAGAAUGGCCCGGCGAGCUUUAUAACAACAUGGCCAUCGUUCAGGCCGUCAGCGACCAUCUGAAGAGAGACCCAACUAACAGCACCUUACUCACUACUUUAGCUGAACUCUACACUUACGAUCAGCGUUACGACCGAGCCUUAGAGAUCUACCUGAGACUGAGACACAAAGACGUCUACCAGCUGAUCCACAAACACAACCUCUUCUCUUCCAUCGAGGACAAGAUCGUCCUCCUCAUGGACUUCGAUAAAGAGAAAGCUGUUGACAUGCUUCUAGACAACGAGGACAAGAUAUCGACCGACAGAGUGGUGGAGGAACUAGCAGACAGACCUGAGCUUCUACAUGUGUACCUCCACAAACUGUUCAAGCGAGAUCACCACAAAGGCCAGAAGUACCACGAGAAACAGAUCGGCCUCUAUGCCGAGUACGACCGACCGAAUCUGUUACCGUUCCUGAGAGACAGCACCCACUGCCCGCUGGAGAAGGCUCUUGAGAUUUGCCAGCAGAGGAACUUCGUAGAGGAGACGGUCUUCCUGCUCAGCAGGAUGGGGAACUGCAGACGAGCCCUGCAGAUGAUCAUGGAGGAGCUGGCGGACGUGGACAAGGCCAUCGAUUUCGCCAAAGAGCAAGACGACGCCGAGCUUUGGGAAGAUCUCAUCUCGUACUCUAUCGACAAACCACCGUUCAUCACCGGCCUUCUCAAUAAUAUCGGAACCCACGUGGAUCCCAUCCUGCUCAUCCAUCGCAUUAAAGAAGGCAUGGAGAUCCCAAACCUCCGAGACUCACUAGUGAAAAUCCUGCAGGACUACAAUCUGCAGAUUCUGCUGAGGGAGGGAUGUAAGAAGAUCCUGGUGGCCGACUCGCUGUCUCUGCUUCAGAAGAUGCACCGAACGCAGAUGAGAGGAGUCAGAGUCGAUGAGGAGAACAUUUGUGAAUCCUGUCAUGCUACUAUAUUACCAUCAGAUAUGGCCAAAGCCUUCAGCGUGGUCGUGUUUCACUGCAGACACAUGUUUCAUAAAGAAUGUCUACCGUCCGCCGGAACAAUUCCUGGCGUGCAGUUUUGCAACAUCUGCAGUGCGAAGAAGCGCGGGCCAGGAAGUGGAAUACUGGAGAUGAAAAAGUAACUUGCAGCAUUUAUUAUUGAUGCUUUUAUCCUUUUCCCCUGUUGCUUCCCCUCCUCCUCCUCCCUCUCCCCCCCCCGCGACUGUCAGUGCACUGAUCGAUGAAUAUCACUUUCCCCCCUCAGUCACUGAACUGUACAAAAAUGCAAAACAUUUAUAUCGGAUUGUCUCUGUAUAUUUACCUCCAACAACUGUAAAGUGUUGCUUGUUCUGCUUUGCCACUAAUGUGAUUUUGUUGAUGAAAUGUUGAAAUGUGCAACGUCUGAAAAAUAAA